AUGGAUCCUAGAGAAAUUUCUGCGAUGUUUGGUUCCAUAGCUGCACUUUCAGUCCUUGGCAACGCCAUCUUGUGUGUUGUGAUCGCGCGUAGACGCUCAAUGUUGAAGAAAACCUACAAUGUAUUGAUCUUGAAUCUCGCCAUCUGUGAUGCAUUGAUGGGUGUUUUCCUUGUGCUGACACCGAACUACAUCAUCCCCAUGAAGUCGUUCCCGGUGAUGAGCGGAGGGAAUGGCCGCGCUUUCUGUCGCGCCAUCUUCUCAACCUACUGCUUGUUCGUCUGCGGAAAGGCGUCUAACACUACCAUCAUGUGUUUGGCCAUCGAAAGAUGGUGCGCUGUGGUCAGACCAACAAAAUACAAGGCGAACUUUAACCGCAAGCGAGUGUCUCUAUACAUCGCCUUGAUUUGGUUGGCCGCGACAGCGACCGAGGUUUUUGAGUUGUUCAUCGCUGAUCUAAUGCCUGACGGAAGAUGCGAAUGGAUCACUCCUUUCUACGGGGAGGAACUCAAUAAAGCUUUUCUCGUGUUUCACAUCACCAUUACAUUCUACAUCCCCAUGACCAUCACGUGGAUUUCAUUUGCCCAUAUUUGGUACCGCAUGUCACACAAUCAGGUCUCGACUCAGCAAGGGGAUUCAGCCAAAAAAAGCGUGGUCAGAAUGUGCAUGUUGGCUGCUUUGCUGCUAACUCUCUGCUGGUUUCCGACAGAAUCCUUUUGGAUCCUGAAGCAAUACAAGGUGGUCGUCCUACCCAAUGUUUGGUACUGGGUAUUUAACUUCUUUGCCUUCUUCAACUCCUGCUGCAACCCUCCUUUGUACUGCUUGACCAACAAGACCUACCGCCGGGAAGUGCUCGGCCUGCUUGGGUGUGGCAAGUGCGGAGCAGAAGUUGCCCCUGGAAGCACGAUGGCUUCUGCUACGACAGGCCUAUCCAUGCAAGGUCAAAGCGGAACGUACGAAAUGACGAAGAGAACGACGGAGCGGAGUGUUGUCGACGUUGAGGAAUCGGUAUUGGAUAAGAGCAAGGAACAGGAUGCAAGCAAAGGUGGAGCACAAUGGGUACGUCAAGAUGACGAGGCAAAAUGUGAACAUUCAUAA